UAGGCGUGCUUCUUCACUUGACUUCCACUCUGUGGACAAAGCAACAAAUUCUGCCCUCAGCGUCAACGAUUCUUCCUGGAAAACACCAUCAUUUUCAUUUGUCACCAAACUUCCACCACCACACCUUUUCAUAGCUAUUAUUAUGGAGAUUCGUUUUGAAGAAAAAAAAGGUAGGACAUGUAUAGACAAAUUGCUUAGAAACCUGUGUCCGCUUUCCCUUUCUUGAUGCACCUAUACUUGGUCUGUUUCUAGUUUCUUUCUUCAUAUUGAGCCACCUUAUUUUCUGGUUUUCCCAAACUAGAUUGUCAUAUCUUUUUUCCUUCUCAGACUUCCUCAUGUCCUCGUUACUCUCAACUUCCUCGUCUAUUCCUAGACAAAAAGAAUAUGAUGUAUUCUUGAGUUUUAGAGGUGAAGAUACUCGUCAUAACUUUACAGACCAUCUCUAUGAUGCUUUGAGAAGGAGCGGAAUCGUCACUUUCAGGGAUGAUCCAAAGCUGGAGGCCGGUGAAGAGAUUGCACCUGAGCUCUUCAAAGCAAUUCAACAAUCAUGGUGCUCAGUAAUCGUUUUCUCGGAAAACUAUGUCUUUUCAGGUUGGUGCUUGGAGGAACUUGUUGAGAUUGUUAAACAGAAAAAGGAGAAUGGUCAUAAAGUAUUUCCAAUUUUCUAUGGUGUGGAUCCAUCUGAUUUAAGAAAACAAAAAGAGAAAGUUGAAGCAGCUUUUGCAAAACAUGAAGAGAGAUACAAGGAAGAUGAAGCAAAGAUCCAAAGGUGGAGAAAUGCUUUAACUGAAGUGGCUAAUAUCAAGGGAUGGCACUCAAAUAAUAGGCUUGAAUCAGAAUUUAUUGAAGACAUUGUCAAAAAAAUAUCAGCAAAGUUAUGUCAAACAUAUCCAAUUGACCAUGAUGAGUUAGUCGGAAUCAGUCCAAGCUUGGACGAGUUGCAUUCGGAAAUAGAAAUUGGGGAAGAUGAUAUCCGUAUCAUAGGAAUUUGUGGUAUGGGUGGCAUUGGCAAAACGACUCUUGCAAGAGUUGUUUAUGAUCAAAUGUCACAUCAUUUUGAAGGUAAAAGCUUUCUUGCUGAUGUUCGAGAAGUUUCAGAGAAAUGUGGACUUGUUUGUUUACAGAAACAACUACUUUCCCAAAUCUUGUUUGAUGAAAGCUUCAAUUUUUUCAAUGUUCAUGAAGGGAAAGUCAUAAUUAGCCGCAGGUUCUCUCACAAAAGAGUUCUUGUUGUUCUUGAUGAUGUUGAUAACCUACAGCACUUGAAAUGCUCGGUUGGAAGGCGUGAUUGGUUCGGUGUAGGGAGUAGAAUCAUUGUAACAACAAGAGAUGAACAUUUGCUCCGAUCUUAUCGAGUUGAUGGUGUGUAUAAGCCUACAGCAUUGAAAGCCAAUGAUGCACUUCAUCUUUUCAAUUUGAAAGCUUUCGGUUGCAAGACAGCGCCAAAAGAGGAUUUCAUUGAGCUUGCUAAACAUAUCGUAGGUUAUGCUGGUGGACUCCCAUUAGCUCUUGAAGUUUUGGGUUCUUUUCUGUGUGAUAGAGAUGCAAGGCAAUGGAAAAGUACAAUAGAAAGACUUGAAAGAGAUUCUAACAAAGAAAUUCUUGACAGACUCCAAAUAAGUUUUGAUGGACUGGAAGAAAGGGAGAAGAAUAUAUUUCUAGAUAUAGCAUGCUUCUUUAAUAGUGAGGAGAAAGAUUUUGUAAUGAAAGUAUUGGAUGGUUGUGAGUUUUUUCCAGAAAUUGGAAUUGAUGUUCUUAUUAAAAAAUCUCUACUAACUGUUAAUAAAUACAAUCGAUUGCAAAUGCAUGACUUGCUACAAGAAAUGGGAAGAAAAAUUGUUAGGGAGAAAUCUAUCGAUGAACCUGGAAAACGUUGCAGAUUGUGGGAGGAAAGAGAUGUAUAUCAUUUGCUAACAAAAGCAACUGCUACAAACAGUAUUGAAGGCUUAAUCAUCGACAAUGAAAGGGAAUUGAACAAGACUUUCACUUUGAAUGGGGAUAUUUUCUUGAAGAUGAAAAGAUUAAGAUUGCUCAAAGUCCACUGUUUUCCAAAUUGUUGUGAUCUCACCUACCUUUCUAAUGAGCUACGACUUUUAGAAUGGUCAAGAUAUUCUUUAAGAUCUCUGCCUUUAGGCUUCCAACCGGAAAAUCUUGUUGUACUUCUCUUGCCUUAUAGCAAUAUUGAACAACUGUGGAAGGAAAAUACACCCCUGUAUAAGUUGAAAGUGCUCAACCUCAAAGGGUCGGAAAACCUGAUCAAGGCACCAGAUGUCACAACUGCCCCAAAUCUUGAAAUUUUGGUUUUGGAAGGUUGUACUAGAUUAGUAUAUGUCCAUCCAUCUGUUGGAGUUCUUACAAGGCUUAAGCUUUUGAAUUUAGGAGGCUGCAAAAGUCUGAGGAGUUUUCCAACCAGAAUUGGAAUGGAAUCCCUUGAAAGGUUAACUCUUUCAGGUUGCUCAAAACUUCAAAGCUUUCCAGAGAUUGAUGGGAAAAUGGAAUGUUUGUUGGAGGUUUGUUUUGAUGGGACAUACAUUAAAGAGCUACCUUCUUCAAUUGGAAAUCUCAGAAGACUUGAAGUUUUGAAUUUAAAAGACUGUAAAAGUCUGAGGAGUUUUCCAACCAAAAUUGGAAUGGAAUCUCUUGAAAAGUUAAUUCUUUCAGGUUGUUCCAAUCUUAAAAGGUUUCCAGAGAUUGAUAGCAAAAUGGAAUGCCUGCAAGAGCUUUAUUUAGAUGGGACGGGCAUUAAAGAGCUACCUAUUUCAAUUGGAAAUCUGAGCAGUCUUGUUUUGUUAAAUUUGAAAGAUUGCAGGAACCUUGUGGAUCUGCCAGGGAGCAUAGGUGGGUGUAAAAGUUUAAAAUCUCUUAAUCUUUCUGGUUGUUAUAAAGUUGAAUAUUUGCCAGAGAAUUUGCAGCAAAUAGAAUUCUUGGAGGAGCUUGACUUAAGUGAAACAUCCAUGACAAAACCACCACUCUUCAUUUUUCAAUUUAAAAAUCUUAAAGUUCUUUCUUUUAAUGGGAGAAAGGGACCUCCUUCCAAGUUACAAAAAUAUCUACCUUCUCUGUUAAAGGUAAUCCAAAGAGAAAGGACAAAUUCCAUGGCUCUGAUGUUGCCUUCGUUGUUAGGUUUGAGUUCAUUAACAAGGCUGAAUCUAAGGUACUGCAAUCUUUGUGAAGGAGAUAUUCCUGGUGAUAUUUCUCGCUUAUCCUCUUUGAAAAAACUUGAUCUUGGUGGUAACAAUUUCGUCAGCAUACCUUCGUGUCUUACUCAAUUUUCCAAGCUUGCGUAUCUUGAAUUGUCAGAUUGCAAGGCGCUUAAAUCGUUGCCUGACCUUGUAACUAGAAUAAAUGUUGUACACAUAAAUGGUUGUGCUUCUCUGGAAAUAGUUGCAAAUCCAUCAAAAGUUUGCAAUUCAAAUUAUCGGUCAAGACAUUCGUCAGAUAUAGUAGGUUUUAAUUGCUUCAGAUUGGCUGAGAACAUCGGUGCCCUAACAUUGCUGAAAAAACAUCUAAAGGUAUUUGGAAAUUCAAGAGAAACGAUUGAGAUUAUUCUACCUGGAAGUGAAAUCCCAGAAUGGUUUAGUCAACAAAGAGAUGGCUCUUCGAUUAAGAUAGAUUUGCCUCUGGAAGCUCGGAAUGAUAGUCAAUGGAUGGGAGUUGCUUUGUGCUGCAUUUUUGUCAGUGAUGAUGCUUCAAGGGAUGAGUAUCUCACGUGUACAGCUGAUAUCCAUGGUAGAUACUCUAGACAAGGCAAUUGCACUCAAUCUAAUUUCCAGCGUAGAUAUACUCGAAGUAUCAAUUGCCGGUGCCGGCGUGUAAAUGAUUAUUUUGAUCAGCCCGUCCUGAAGGACCACAUUUUAAUUCGUUAUUUGUUGGGUGACGUGUUGUGUGGAAUUUUCUUGGAAGACAAAUGUGGUGAACGUGAAACCAAUAAUUUACUGAUAACAGAUGGCUUAGAUGAGGAAUGCGAUCAACUUGAGCUGUCUUUCGGAACACAUAACAGUGUUAGACUCCAAGUUAUGUGUUAAAUGUGAUAUGUGUCUAGUUUAAUCUUUUAAAAUUAUUUUUAUAUAUUUGAGUAAAAAAUUAUAUCUUUUUACUUCUAAAAACCCCUAUUUUUUCUCCAAAUCAUUUGCUUCUUUUUGUUUUUGCCUAGCUGUGGUUUUAGCCUCCCUAACUACAGCCAGCCUUUUUCUCUUACCCAUCAACUCUUUUAUCUUUCUUCUUCUCAUUCACUCCAUACGUUCUCUCUUUUAAGUGUACAGAUUUAUUUUGUAGGUAUCUUUGUUGUCUUCACAAGAUGUGAUGGAUAGAUGACGGUGCCUAUCAUUAUUAAAACACCACUGACCACUGGUAGUUUUUUUUAGAAAGCGGGUAGCUUGUCAUUAGCUUCUUAAUCUGUUUUUGUUUUGAGAGUUUUAGAAUAAUAAAUGAUUUUAUGAGUCAGCUUGGACUCGUGUUAUUUUAAGUUUUAUAUAUUUUUUGUUUAUUUUUCCAUUGUUUAAUAAGUAUUUUACUUUUAGAAGUUUCUAUCUACUCUUGUAAUACACUUUUUAGUCUUGCUUAUACAUGUAGUCUUGCUUUUGUGAGUAAUUUUAGGGUUGGUUUUUUCGUCGUUUCCUCUCUAGUCUAGUGGAUGCUCGGUUCUUUUGCCGAUUUAUGUCUGCCGCUUUGGACCAUUUGGGGUUGAUUUCCUUAUUGUAUUAAGUGCUUUAAUCAAUUCUAAUAUAUUGUGUUUGAGUUAUGAUAGAGCCGAUUGCCAACGUGCCAUAAUAUUAUAUUGAUGUUGAAGUUGAA